AUGAGGAAAAUGAGAUGGUUGUCAACGGUAUCGCAAUUUGCCAAGAGGAAUGUGAGCUUCAAUCAGGGCUGCAGAACGUGGUUGCGACAGAACGAACUCCAAAACAAGUCUCCUCUGGUUAUGCCUUUACUGGGCACCUUUUAUGAACAUACGGUGGCAACAGUUUUGCAUCACGAUCUCAAUGUGGUUGAUCUGGUCCUUUCCGGAGGAGCAGGUGAUCGUGGUGUGGACAUGUAUGGCGUGUGGUCUCGACCAGAUGCCCCUGCGCUCAAUGUGAUUGUGCAAUGCCGUACCAAGGCCAAGCGAAUGCCCGGCAAGGACUUCCUGGAGCUCGCCGGAGUCUGGCUGGCUCACAAUGACCCCAACACACUUGCCAUCAUGGCCAGCAACAAGAAUUUGACACGUCAAGGACUAGCGGAGAUGUAUGGCUUGAAUGUGCCCAUUUUGUUUGUCAAGGUGGCCAUGCCUGAGAUGAUUGAUCCACUUUUGAGCCAGUACGACCCUGAUAAUUAUGCCGUCCCGGCUAUAGAAGGCAUGCUCUACAACACAAAGGCGGAGGAGAUGUUGGGGUAG